AUGGAGCUCCAGCUCAAAGUAAUUAAUUUGCCUUGCUUUUGUUUGCAAAAAAGAGAUUCCCCUAUGGAAUGGACUGAAAGCCACGAUGUGGCUUUAUGCAAGGAGGUGCUGGUUCAGAAUCCCUUCCUGGCCCGAAAGAAAACCGUUCAGCGAGCCGCAAUUUGGCAGAAGAUAGCUGAUGAGCUGGUGUCCCUGAGCCGUCCAAAGUUCAAGGUAACACUCACUAAAAGAUCUGUCCAAGACAGACUGUUGUUGAUUAUCACCAAACACAAAAGAAGAAUGGCCACAGAGAGAAGAGAAAGUGGUACUAGUCCUGAAAUUUCAGAGAUGGACAAACUAUUAGAGGACGUUGUGGAAAAGGAGAAAAGUUACGAACAGCGACGAGAAAGUGAAGGUAAAAUCACUUGAAACCAAGGAGGUUUACUCUGAAAAAUAUAUAUUCUUCCAUAAUUAAGACGAAUCUUCUGUGAUGACGUAGACUUAGUUUCAUGAUGUACACCACAGGGGAGGAAAGGCAAAUUUAAGGGGAUCUUUUGUAAUGAAAAUGGGAGGUAUGUUAAAAAAAGUUGCUGUAGGCAUUAAGAAGGGGGGUGGCAAAUCUUUUGAAUCUUGAGGAUUUGUAACAUUACAAGAGACAAAGGGCGCUUUCCAUUUAGUCACAAUUUCCGGAAUUUCUGGUUUGGCGGUAAAUGGAACACGUUUCGUCGGUUCGUCCCACUGGAAAAUUCCCAGAAAAAGUGGAAAAUCUAAAAAGGUGGUCCCGUUUUCCCGGUUGGAAUUUCCGAACGGAAUGUCGUGUUCCAUUUACGUUUCUCGUAGUUUGUACCAGUUCCAGGUCCACGGUCGGGCACCGCGACGUACCGGGGUUUAAGACCAAAUGGAACAACUUUUUACCAAUCAGAAAUUCCACUUUUGCUCCUACCGAAAUUUCCGGGUUUUUUUCCUAAAUGGAAAGCGCCCAAAGUGAAUUAAGUUAGAACCAUUAGUUGCAUGCAGUACUUGUGUAUAGUAACAAGUCCUCCUGAGUCCUGCUAUCUGCAUCACCAUGAUCAACUUUAUCUUUACUGGCUCCCACUGGUAUGGAUUUCUUCAUUCUCAUUAUAUCAGUCAUUAUUGUGUUCAUUCUCAUCACAAUCACCAUCACAACCACCAAACUCAGCCCAACCUUCUUUUUUUAAAGCUAAAGCACGUAUUCAGUAUUUGUCAGGCCAUCUUGACUUAACUCACAAUUUGCAAGUAAAAUUGUUAUCAUUAUUGUUUCUUUUCUUUAAAAAUAAUUCCACAAAUAACUUAUUUUAAAAUAGGGGAUGCAGAUAGAAAGAAGCAGGAACUAGACAAGGCAAAGGGGGAGGAGGCAAGGAGUAAGGCAAUGGAAAAACUGUCUGAAACGAAAAGAAGAAAGAAUGAUGGGUCUGAAGUAGAGCCCAAAAGGAGGCGAUCUGGCUCAGAAACAGUACAGUAUCUACGCGAAAAAAGUGAAAGAGAGGCGUCAAUUAAGGAGAGAGAGUUUGAGCUACAACAAAGAAAACAAGAGGAAGAACGAAAGCAUCAUGAAGGGUUGCUGCUGCUUAUGCAACAGCAACAGCAGCAACAACAACAACAGCUUCAAAUGAUGCUUUCUCAACAGAACCAAAUAAUGAUAACUUUGCUAGAGAAAUUUGCGUCAAAGAGCUAA